AAAUGGGCGAGAGAACUACGCAUGUACAUCAUUUAUGUAGAAUGCGAGUGGGUAAGAAGAUAUGCCCGACGUUUUUUUAUAUAUGCUAUAUACUGACGUACCUGCGUACUUGCUCAAUUUUUUUAUUUUUGACGUGUGGGUCCCCAAUUUGUUCAAACCUCGUGAUUCUUACAUAUCAUGAUCAGAACCCUUUUUGAGAAUUAUUUGGACGAACAAACAUACUUCCCGUUGUGUUAACUCUCCGUGUUGUUUUUAUUUAUUCAUUUCCUUCUUUUUAUUCUCCAUUUGAAUGUACCAAAAAAAAAAAAACUGCCGCCUUUUAAUGGCCCUUUCAAACUUUUAAAAAAAAAAAAUGAGCAAAAAAAAGGUUAAAAAUAAACAGCUAAAAGGAAAGAAUGACACAACUGGGAGGAAGCAGAAAUUUGUCAAGUUUAGAAGAAUAAGGAAGAUUAAAUUUAAAGACGAAAAGAAAGUGUUCCUUCCGAAGGAGGAGAAGGAAACGAAAGUGAAGACCCCGUCGAAAAGAAAACUUCGCACCCUUUACAAGAAAAAGGAAUUCAAAAAGAAAAAGGAGAACCAGACAAAUGAGUAUCUAACCUUGGAGAAAGAGUUAACCGGUCAGACAUUUGAUGAGCAGAGACGUUGCCUGUUUGCCAUCCGAAAUAACGUCGAGUGCAUCUCCUCCCCCCCCAAUAAGAUCCUCCAGACACUCAAACUGACGGAGAAGUACCACGCCGUGCUCCUUAUCAACACGGAAGAAAACAUGAAAAAUUUAUUUCUGGUGAAGCAAUACGUAUGUUAUGGGUACAUACAAAAGUAUACCUUGUACAGUUUGAUGGAAAAAAAAUUAUUUUUAAAAGAUGGAAAUGAGAUAAAACGAUGUGACUCCAAUAAAAUUGUAGAGAAACUGUUUAGCAAAGAUGGGAUUUAUUCCUUUCCUUCAUUUUGUGAAUAUAUAUUUGAAUGCAAAAGUAACGCUGACCAAAUAAUAAAGGAACAGAUCGUUCCUUUUAAUUUCUCCUACUUAAAUAGCGAAAUGGCGUUCGAUUUUCUGCAAUUUGAAAAUGAGCUUACUGGAUUUGUCAAGGAAGGAAUUAACGAAAUUCUGGAGAAGAUAAUUUGA